UGUGUCAGCAGCAGCAUGAGUCAAUCCAACAAUCUCACCCUCAUCCGCCCGGAAUACUUCAAACUAUCAGGAGAGACGCCCGGAAUGUGUCUCCUCGCAUCAGUCCUCCUCUUCAUCACAUCACAAAGGACACUCGCCGAAUCACAGCACCUCCCUUGAUCUUCAUCUUCAUCAUCAUCAUCAUGUCUGGGAAGUCAGACGGCGCGCAGAAGAAGUGGGCAGCUGUGCGAGGUCGCCUGGGCUCGUCUCAGGACUCGGACGGCUCGCAGGAGGCCAACCUGGAGAACGCAGACGCCGAGCUGUGCAUCCGUCUGCUGCAGGUGCCCACCGUGGUCAACUACUCGGGCCUGAAGAAGCGUCUGGAGAAGAGUGACCAGACCUGGAUGGUGCAGUUCCUGGAGCUCUCAGGCCUCGACCUGCUGCUGGAGGCCCUGGACCGUCUGUCGGGACGCGGCUGCUCUCGAAUCGCAGACGCUCUGCUGCAGCUGACGUGUGUGAACUGUGUGAGAGCUGUGAUGAACUCGUCCGCCGGGAUUCACUUCAUCGUGGAUAAUGAGGGAUACGUGUGCAAGCUGUCGCAGGCUUUGGACACAUCUAACACCAUGGUGAAGAAGCAGGUGUUUGAGCUGCUGGCGGCCCUCAGCAUGUUCUCUUCUGAGGGUCACAGACUCGCUUUAGACGCUCUGGACCAUUACAAGUCUGUGAAGACACAGCAGUAUCGAUUCAGUGUGAUUAUGAAUGAACUCCAAUCCACUGAUAAUGUGCCUUACAUGGUGACAUUUCUGAGUGUCAUAAACGCCCUGAUCUUCAGCGCCGACGACCUGCGCCAGAGAGACAAGAUGCGCAAGGAGUUCAUUGGAUUACAGCUGCUUCACCUGCUGCCAAAGUUAAGAGAAGAAGAUGAUGAAGACUUGAUCAUCCAGUGUGAGGCGUUUGAAGAGGCUAUGGCUGAGGAUGAGGACGAGCUCCUGAGGCUUUAUGGAGGAAUUGACAUGAGCAACCAUCAGGAAGUCUUUACAUCUCUGUUUAACAAGGUGAGCAGCUUCCCGUCGUCUCUGCAGCUGUUGUCCGUCUUACAGGCGCUGCUGCUGCUGGGUCCCGAGCGAGCGGAUAUCUGGCAGGCGCUGGAGGUGCUCGCUAACCGAGCCGUACUGAUCGCUCAGAGCUCUGAGAUGGACUCAUGUGAGAAGAUCCUGCAGCGUCUCGUCUUCACUAAGGAAUCGUCCAAAGGCUCUUAUGAGGUCGAUGCUUACGAAUCCAAAAGAAAGAAUCAAGCCGUACAGACGGAGACCAAAGACGAUAAACUGGAGUGUUCCUGCAAACCAGCCAAAAACCAGGAACCUCCGCGCAACUCCACAAAGACUGGACCUGCUCCUCCUCUGCCCAGCAUGGCUUCUCCUCCCAUCUCAGCAGUGCCUCUCAAAACAGGAGCUGGACCUCCUCCUGCACCACCUCCUCCUCCUCCUCCUCCUCUGCCAGGAAUGGGUGCUCUUCCUCCUCCUCCUCCUCCUCCUCUGGCAGGAAUGGGUGCUCUUCCUCUUCUUCCUCCUCCUCCUCCUCCAGGAGCAGGUGAUGUGAUCGUGGCUCGGAUUUAUUAUCCGGGUAUCCAGUGUUACUCGGCGCCGGUGAGGAGCGGCCCGCAUCCCACGCUCCGGAUGAAGAAACUCAACUGGCAGAAGCUGAACUCCAGAGCCGUCACCGAUGGUCCUUCAAUGUGGGCGUCUGUCACGAGCGAGUCUCCUCUGGAGCCCAAUUACAGCAGCAUCGAGCAGCUCUUCUGUCUGCCGCCGGCCGAACCCAAAGACAAGAGCCCCGCCGCGCCGCUCAAGAAACAGCCCAAGGAGAUUUCCUUCAUUGACCCCAAGAAGAAUUUGAACCUGAAUAUCUUUCUGAAGCAGUUUAAGUGCUCAAAUGAAGAGUUUGUUUCAAUGGUGCAGAAAGGAGAUUGUUCGAAAUUUGACGUCGAGUCCCUGAAACAGCUUCUGAAACUGCUUCCAGAAAAACACGAGAUUGACAACUUAAAAUCCUUUCAAGGAGAUCCGGACAAACUGGCCAACGUGGACCACUUUUACCUCUCACUGCUGGCUGUACCCUGUUACCAGCUGAGGACUGAAUGCAUGCUGCUGUGUGAGGAGACGCUGUCUGUGCUGGAGAUCCUGAAGCCCAAGGUGGAGCUGGUGGAGACGGCUUGUGAGAAUCUCAGGAAAGGUUCACUGCUGCCCAGCUUCUGCAAACUCAUCCUCGACGUUGGAAACUUUCUCAACUAUGGAAGCCACACUGGAAACGCAGAGGGAUUCAAGAUCAGCUCCCUGCUAAAACUCACCGAAACCAAAGCAAACAAGAGCCGCAUCACACUCUUGCAUCACAUCCUGGAGGAAGCCGAAUUAAAUCAUCCAGAGCUGCUGGAGCUUCCAGACGACAUCGAGGCCUGUGAGAAAGCAGCCGGUGUAAAUCUGGACUCGAUUCAGGCCGAAACCAAUCACCUUCUGAAGAGACUGAGAGACGCGGAGAAGAAAGUCUCCUCAUCGCUCAAGGACGUCAAGCAGCAGUUCUCAGGGCUCAUCGAGAAGAACCUGACUGCGUGUGAAGCUCUGGACCAGCGUUUCUCCAACAUGGACAGCAGGAAGGGUGAACUGGCUCAGUAUCUGUGUGAAGACGUGGCUCAGCUCUCGCUGGAUGAGCUCUUCAGCACCAUCAAGACCUUCCGUCAGCUCUUCAUCAGAGCCCUGAAGGAAAACAAGCUCCGUAAAGAACAAGCGGCCAAAGCCGAGAAAAGAAAGCAGCAGCUGGUGGAGGAGGAGUCCAAGAGACAGAAGGGAGAAGACGGGAAGAUAAUUCGUCGAGGCGCAGCUCUGCAGGACGACGGCUGCAUCAUCGAUCAGCUCCUGGCCGACAUUCGCAAGGGUUUCCAUCUGAGAAAGACUCGUCCCAGGUGCGAAUCGGGAAGGGCCCCUUCUAGUGACAUGCAUAGAGAUACAGGAGCGUCCGCAGCAAGUGUCAGGUCUGCUGCAGAAGAAGCUGGAUCGUCUCCAGGAGAUCGAGCCAAAAGCUGCGGCACCGAACCCAGCACUGAAGCCUCCUCAGAAACACAACACACUCGGGAACCAGACGGUGCGUCACCCAGCUGCCUUACCUCAGCCAACACCGAUCAGAACCACAUCAGGUCUACAGACGCUCAUGUGACUCCAGUCAACACGAGCGAGCCUUUAACUCACACCGACUCCGUCUGUGAUAAUACUGUCUCUGUGAAGAAUAAAGACGAGCCGCUUCAUCGCACGGAUGACGACGCUAACGAUUCGUCUGCAAUACAGCAGGCAUGUGAUGAUGUGGGCGGAGUGAUGUCACAAGCCCCACCCACUCCUGCUGUAGGCCCCGCCCCCGUAAAACCUGAAAACAAAAAACAUUUCUUCCCAAGAAACAAAAAAGGCAGUAAUGAAGGAAGCUCAAGGAAAAGGAGAACAAGAGGGAGAAGGAGAAGUUGAGUCUGUUCCUGCGGUGAUCCUGUUAUUCCACUGGAUCUCACUGGACUUGAGAUCUGCAGAAGAACCACUGAUGGCGUAGUUUGAAGAAAUACACAUUGUACACUGUGUAUUUGAGUUUGGCUUAAAGAAAUUUAUUUUUAAAUGCUAAAUCUUUAGAUUUGACCUAACUGUUUUAAAUAUUUACACACUGUAAACUACAUUUAUGAGACACCAAAACUUUGUUUACAUACGAGUGUGGUUAAGGAGAGAAAAAAUGGCUACUUAUGG